CCCCUUCAAAGAGGCUAAAAGCAACCGACCGGCAUUCAACAUGGACCCUUGCGACUGCUCCAAGACCGGAACCUGCAUAUGCGCUGGUUCCUGUGCUUGCACCAACUGCUCCCACACCGCUUGCAAGAAAAACUGCCGCUCAAGCCGUCCGCGCGAAUGUACCAAAUGCGCAUCAGGGUACGUGUCCAAAGACAAGAUGUGUGACGCUAGCUGCUGUCAGUGA